ACAUGGAGCUCGCAUCACAGGAGGCGAUGGGAGACUUUAGCAAACCGCCGUUGCGCGAUUCCUCCGACACAGACAGCGACAUCAGCUGGUAUCCGAACGCCUUUCGCAACUCACCCUAUUGCUUUCAGUCAGCGGACAUGGACAUGUCUCGCGAGUACUACGAGCCGGGCGAGGGGGAGGUGGCGUUGCAGACGGGGCUGCAGUCGGGGCUACAGACAGGGCUCGAAUGCGAGUGGGGUCGGCCGCGACUCGCAAACAACCUGUUCGUGGUGACGGAGGAGACCAGCAGCCAGCUCGCUAUACAGGAGGUGAAGAGCGAGGCGGGCGACGACUGGGACUGCAACGACAUGGCUUCCAUGUGACCUUGCUCCAUUAUUGUUAUGUAUUUUACUCUCAAAUAGUAAGCAUUUUGAUACUGUAUUUGUAUCUUUGAAUAAAAACAAUUAUUUAUUAAUGUAAUUUUCAAUUGUAGUAGCAUUUAGUUAGUAAAAAGCGGAACGACUGUUCAAAAUGUAAUUUGAUAGUGUGAGGGAUGCUGAAAUGAUGAUAAAUAACAGCCAUUCCAGAAAAGAAGAA